AUGAGUGGCUCUGAGGAAGAAGGCAUUCAGACGGAGUCCCGCAGUCCGAUUAGGGCUCAGCGGACCCCGUCUUCUCUCGCAGAGAGCAGCAGCAACAGCAACACAGGUCGUGAGAAACUCACAUCUUCCCAGCGUAUUUGCCAGCUCCUGCUAGAACGUCACGGCAGCAGAAUAACUCAGCUUCUGCUGCAGAAUGAAGAAGGGAAGCAGCUGCUAAGGGCAUUUCUCGCUCUGUCUUUCAGCCCUGCCGCACAAGAAGGCGGCAACUGUCUCGUUCGUAUCAUUGAGAGGGACCCUGAAUCUCUCUUGCCACUUUUGCUCAAGAAAUCAGGCGAGAAGAGCGUGGCACGAGGGCUGGCGGUGUGCCUGCUGCGAGGAGUAUCGAAUGCAACAGCAGAAGACCUCAAGCCGGUCGUGGCAGCACUGUCUGAGGCCAUUCUGGAGCCUUUGGGGGAACAAGCGGAGGCGCAGAAGCCUGCAGGAGGUACAGAAGAGAGCAGCCCCUCGGCGGAUCUGAUUGCUGGUGCUGAUGAUGAUGAUGGGACUGACAAGAGGCCUGAUGAGCAAGCGGCUGGUGGAGAGGAGCUUUUAAGACGGCCGUCUCGCGUGCAGGAGCUUAUCCGAGAGCAGCAACGGAGGUGUCAACAACAGCAGCAGCAGCAACAGUUGCUGCGGCAGCGCAGCAGCUUCGUGCGGGAUUCUGCAGAGGGAUCUCGAGCGUCGCGGGAUACAGACGAGGGGAAGUCACGAAAGCUGCAUGAGAGGCUCUUGAUUGAAGCCCUCAUCUUUGCUACCAGUGAGACCUCUUCACCUGAAGCAGCGGAGCUGUGUGAAAAACUUGUAGACUUCUCCCCUGGAGUUUUAACACGAGUAAUCAAAAUCGAAGUAUCGAGAAAUGCAGCAGAACCCCCAGCCACAUCCCCCACUGCAGCAGGCUCAGGCGCAGCCGAAACCUCUUAG